AUGUGUUCUUUUCUGGUGAGCAGCUGGCUUCUCAGCAACCUGACCUAUGUCAAUUUCUUCAUGCGACCCAGAGGGCCAGACCUCACCACACACAUCAACCUUCACAACUUUACCUUCGUCCACAAUUUGCUUCACAUGACAGGCGAGCGUAUUCCACAGCCCUUCACCAGCGAUGAUCGCCAGGUGGUUCUGGUCUACAACGGUGAGAUCUACAACUUCAAAGCCCUGCGGCCCGAGUCCACCAGCGAUGGAGAGGCCUUGGUCCCGCUGUACCUCCAGAGAGGUGAUCUCUUCACACGCAUGCUCGAUGGGGAGUUCGCCAUUGCACUCCUGGACUUUCGACGGCGAAAAGCCAUCAUCUCUUCUGACAUCUUCUCCACCAAACCCUUGUGGUUCUCAACCUACCAAGGCUUCCAUGUAGCCAGCUACCAGAGUGCUUUGCUUCGCAUGGGCAUACCACCAGGAGCUGUGCGCAUGGUGGAUCCCAAUAGCAUUAUGAUUUUUGACCUUCGACAGAUGGAUUUGAAGAUCCAACGACAUGCCUUGCACGAGUUUGACCUUCGACAGUUCAAGCAGGAUACCAGUGACUUCCAAGCUGCCUUUGCAAAUGCAGUGCAGAAGCGCAUUCAGUAUGCUAUCCAUCCGAUGUUCAUCGGGCUUUCUUCAGGUUAUGACAGUGGAGCUAUCCAUGUGGCACUAGUGCACGAGAGGACUGGACAUUUUGCCUACACUGUGCACUCUACAGAAGACAUGGAGAUCUUGAAACAGCGAAUUGCUUGGGCUGGCAACUGGACAGAGACAAAUGUGAUUGUCCUAAGUGGCAUGGAUCUUGAGCGUGAAGCCUUGCGUUUGGCAGAACAGUGUGAGCCUUUCCACUACAGGGCAUCUCGCGGACAAGAGUUUCUGGUGUCCGAAGAUCCCGCUUCCUCGGGCUUGUCGUAUAUCAUGCAGGAGGUGCGUCGUCGUGGCAUCCUGGUCUACUUGAGUGGCACUGGGGCGGAUGAGAUCAUCUCAGACUACGGCCAUGCAGGGAAGAAGAUCUUUCCGCACUCAAACUUCGGAGGUCAGUUUCCAGAAGACCUGCGAGAUCUAUUCCCUUGGGAAGCUUUCUUCCUUGGCACCCAGCGAGAUUAUCUGAUGAAGGAAGAAUUGGUUGCAGGAGUUCAUGGAGUAGAGGCCAGAUAUCCUUUCCUUGAUCGGAUGGUGGUGCAAGAGUUUCUUUGGCUUUCCCCAGCUGUGAAAAAUGCGAAGUACAAAGCACCAGUGCACGAUUGGCUGGAACGCUUUGAGUAUCCCUUCCGCUCUGGCGAAAAGGUUGGAUUCAAUGCCAUGCAUAAUGUGCAGUGGCAGGAGGACAAGAGCGUAGUCUAUACCUCUUUUGCAAAACCAGAUCCAAAGGCUGGGAGUCAAGCGCUUUCCAAAGUCAAGGAGCAGGAGCGUGAAGAGGCGCUUGAUCGCCGGGAGCUGGCUUUGGAAAAACGUGAGGCUGACCUCACAGCGGCGGAGGCGCAGCUGGCGCAAGAGGCACUGCGGCUGCAGCAGCAGUGGCAACAGAUCAGAGAGCAGGUUCAGCAGCUGAAUCUGCAGCUGCAGUCGCAAUCAGAGGCUCAGCUGCGUUUCGCCACGUUGCGUUUGCUGCCGCUGCAGCACGCCGCCACGAGGCCCUUUGACGCAUGGAAGAGUCCGCUCGCCACUCGUGAAAGCGGUGAGGGCGAUCCGAUUUUUCAUUUCGAUGCCAGACAUCCACAUUGGUCCGGUGUGGAGGUGGUCACCUGUGUCAGUGGUGGACGCUAUGUGAAUGUCAUGGACUUCCCGGUAUUUCACCUGCUUCGGGCCUCAACACCUUUGCCAGUGCAUAACGUCUGUGAGAAUCAUGAAUGGGAUGGGAUGUACAUGAGACUUCGCUUCUACCGCAACUUCUUAGAGAAGUACCUGGCAGAAACAGGAGUCCAGAGGCCUCGACUCUUCAUCAUCAGCGAUGGCAUGGAUGUGAUCUUUAACGACCUUCAGCAGAUCAUACAGCUGGACCCGGCACUCAAAGAUCUGCAUCCGGCCGAGGCGGUGUCACGCAUCAUCAUCGAGCGAUAUGAGGCCAUUGUUGCUGGGUCUCGUUUGGAGGUUGUUUUCUCUUCGGAGCGUCUCUGUGGCUGGGGUGGUGGCCACAUUUGCUCCGACCAGGACGAUUCGAGAUAUCCACAGGCCCCCACAGAUUCAAAAUACCUGAAUGCUGGAGGGUACAUUGGACCUGCUCCGGCUUUGCUGCGAAUCCUCCAAUGGGUACUGGCCAAAGCUACGGCUGUGCGAGAAGGGAAGACAGGCAGUGACCCUUUGCGCUGGAAGACUACUGCGCAGGAUGCCAUAGCUGGUGAGACAGAUCAAUACUUCUUCAAGAUGUACUUCUGGGAGCAUCCAGAGUCGGUAACUCUUGACUACCACCAGUACAUAUUUGGCAAUUUUGUGGAAGUGGAAGGGGCGGUUUGUCGCGAUGGGUGGCGUCCACGUUGCAGCAUGCAGCCAUGUUGCACGGUCAGCGACAGCUUCCGACGAUUCCAGGAGAUUUUCUACGGCAACUACAGAAUUGAAACUUGUGCCCUGUGGCGGAAGAACAAUCUACCCAUCACCUGGCACGGAAAUGGUGCAGGCAAGUGGCUAUGGCUAUUGUCUUUGGAAGAGCUGUCAAGGAAUUGUCCCUUUGUGGCGAAUCUGACCGUACAAAGGUACCCAGUCCAGGCAAUUCUUGACCUCUUCGACCGUUUCGAUGAGACGCGAGUGCAGACGCAGAAGUUUUCCUCUAGCCGCAGCAGUGCAUGGGCAGCUGCACAGAAAGUUUGUGAGAGCCUUGCUGGUGAAGGCGAGAGAGAGGAACGGAGCUCCAUGGAGGCGAGGGACUUCACUGUGGGGCGCUUUCAGUUCAAAGACUUCAAGGUGCUUGGCGGCAAGCGGCUUAAAGCACACGGCUGCUGUCACCUGAAGUACUAUGGCUGGGAGGUCUGCGCCGCCGUGCUGUACCUCCCAGAAGAUGUAGAAAGGCCAUUGUCAGGCUCUGAUGUCACUGACCCGUCGUUGCCGAAGAUGCUGGAGCUCCGAUACUGUCGUAGUUUUCUUGGAGAACAAUUUCGCUGGGUGACCCGCUGGGCCAUGUCUCGAAACGGGCACCGCUUCGACGAGGCGGAAGAGGCAAAGUUGAAGUCCUUCAAUUCACUGUACAGAGACGUGGCUGUUGGGGACUGCUACACCCUUGGGUACGACCCAGCACGUGGUGAAGGGGGCCGUGUGACGCUGCAGCUGAACGGCUGCGAGUUGGGUGGUGUUGAAGGGCGGCACUUCUCUGAGGCAAUCUUCUCCGUGUGGUUUGGGCAGCGCCCCUUCUUGGACCAAAUGAAGCAGGAACUCCUGGAGUCCCAGGAACUCAUCGGAUGA